UCAAUAAAAUAAUGCAGUGAUCUACGAAAACCGAGUUAUUGAUCAUAUAUAAAGGGAAAAUUCGUGUCAAAUUUGUGCCAAUUCAUACAGCACAAUGAAUUCCAUCCAGGAGGCACUUUUAUAUUCUUUGCUCAUUCUUGCCGUUGUAGGUAAGAAUGUAGCUGCUAACAUAAAAGCCGGUUAUAUUCCCGGAUUCUGUGGUAUGCCAAAUAUUGACGAGCAAAAUUGCAUGAACGAAGAACUAUUUGCUGAUUCCUACUUGUCAAAUCCCCUUGAAUGUGCUCGUACCUGUCAAGAAGGAGAAACGAGGACAUGUUAUUACAAAUUUGUGCUGGAACGUUACCCCAUUAAUGGCGUAGCAUGCAGUCUUUGCACGCCUAACAUCACUAACACCCUUUGCGCCAAUUGCCAAUGUAUCCUUGGUGAUGGAGUCGAGCGUAUGGCUUUAACCGUGAACAGAAUGAUACCAGGUCCAAGCGUUCAAGUUUGUCAAGGAGAUUACGUGGUCGUUGACGUUUUGAAUAAUAUCAAUUCAGAAGCAGUGACGAUCCAUUGGCAUGGAAUACAGCAACAGGGUUCUCCACACCAGGAUGGUGUUCCAAAUCUAACUCAGUGCCCGAUCAUAUACAAAAAUGCAUACAGAUAUCAAUUUUUCGCAAACACUGGCGGUACUCAUUUUUGGCACGCGCACACAGGUGCACAGAAGAUGGACGGUAUUUUCGGCAGCUUCGUGGUACGAGAAACUGAAAAGCAAGACGUCCAUUCGCAUCUUUAUGAUUUCGAUUUAGCAAAUCAUGUAAUGCUUGUUAACGAUUGGUUCACGGAGGAAACAACGAGCCGAUAUCCAGGUCGUAAAAUUGGUGUGAAACAACACCUUCCCGAGUCGUUUUUCAUCAAUGGAAAAGGAAGAUAUACGAAUCCAUAUGGUGUUACGACAAACGUUCCAUUGGAAGUGAUCACUGUGGAAGCUGGUCAUCGAUAUCGUUUCCGUUUCAUUAACUCUAUCUGUACUGUUUGUGGAGUACAAUUGACCAUUGAAAAGCACAAGCUUACAGUCAUUAGUAGCGAUGGCCAAUCUGUGGAACCUGUUGUAGUUGACUCCAUCGUUUCGUUUGCUGGUGAACGAUACGAUUUUGUCCUAAACGCUACUGAAUCAAGUGGUGCCUACUGGAUCCAACUUCGUGGGAUAGGCGAAUGUACGGACGUUAAAAUUCAACAAUUGGCUAUAUUACAAUAUGUGAGCGGAUCUACCACUCCAGCCUCGAGGGAACCUACUUACGAUUAUCCACUUCGUGAAGGACUUAUACUGAAUCCAAUGGAUUUCGACUGCAAAAACAAAGUUUGCGUUAGUGACUUGAAGCAUGCGUUAAAAAUCGAUUCAGAUAUUCUGCAAGAAAAACCGGAUGUGAAACUAGUGAUUCCUAUAGGCGUGGUGAACCAUUCACCUGAAGAAUUUUUCAAACCCAACGAGUACAAAAAUUUCUUAGUUGCGAGACCGGAUGUGGUGGUAACGGAAACAUUGAACAAUAUAAGCCUCUCACUUCCGCCUUCACCACCGCUUAGUCAACUGUCAGAUGUUUCCGGAAGUGAAAUCUGCAAUGCCGAUAACAUGCCAACUGAUUGCGGCUCGACAGUUUGUACUUGCACCCACGUUAUUAAGGUUCCUUUACAUUCUGUCGUGGAAAUCGUCGUCGUCGAUGAGUUUCGUGCAGCAGAAGUGCAACAUUCCUUCCAUAUGCAUGGAUAUGCGUUCCACGUUGUGAGCGUAGGUCAACCAUUAGGUUCUUUUUCGGACAACACUCGCGCAAUGACUGUCAAGUUAUUUAAUCAACUUGAAGAGUACAACCAGGUUAAAAGGAACUUCAAUGCUCCACCUAGCAAAGACACUUUCGCUAUACCCAAUAAUGGAUAUGCCAUACUGAGAUUUAAGGCAGAUAAUCCAGGCUUCUGGAUGUUCCAUUGCCAUCAAAUGUUCCACAUAUUGGUAGGUAUGGAACUCGUUAUACAAGUUGGAGAACCAAAGGACUUCCCAGAGACACCGAAAGAUUUUCCGAAAUGCGGCAAUUACAUACCGAAAGUUGAAGUGAGAAAUCAAAAGAACAACCGAGCCAGAAAAUACUUUUAAACCUGCGAAAAAUUAUUAUAUUUUCUAAUAUUCAUCAGAGAUAAAAAUUGGUUGAUUCUACAUUUACACACAGCUUAAAUAUAUUAAACUCCAAUUGCUAA